UGGAAAACCUACUUUGUUAACUUGGAGUUGCUACCUUGAACUUUUCUGCCUUUUGGACCUCUGAUUGAGACUCGGACCUAGAGAAGAUCUCAGUACUAGUUUACCACUUCACUGUUGUCUUUUCUAAUAAGCAUAAUGCAUUAACUCACAACCAAAGAGUCAAAGGUGCCUGUGUACAUAAUAUAAGGAAAACAGGGAAGCUGAGAUUUGGGGUUGCCAUAAAUGUUGCCCACAUCUUUGUUCUAUAGGCUUAAUUUAGAGGUAAAUAGAUUAAGCCUUUUAUUACUGCUCUUUAAAUAAAUGUUAUUCGCAAGCCAAAGAUUGCUUUUCAAUGAUUAUAGAAGUUGAGAAUAGAGGGGAUAGCACAAUCUGGUGAAAUAGGGAAGGUGUUUGAUAUGGGUUUUCUUACAUACGCUAUCCAAAAGCGGCUGGGGUAAGGUGAAGGAAGCGUGUCAAUGAUUUGUUUCAUCAUUUAUAAAGUAAACGUAAUUGAAGCAUCCUUCAAAUGGCUAAGAGGAUGAAAUAAAAUAAGAUAGGUGGAAAAUGUUAGAAAAUGUCUAUUGCUUUAAAAUUAGCAAGAGGAAUCAAAACGCCAGUGGCUGCUUCCCUUUCUUGACGGAAAGGAACUGGUCAGAGGCUGUGACGCGUUCUGCUGGGAUUGGCCCUCUGCAGCCACCAUCCCGUAACUGGGUUUCCGGUCUCCUAGCAACAAGCUCUGGUGACGCUAGAAGAGUCCGGGCAAAGUUGAUACCUGUCAAGAAUCUCUUAAAUUGUACCCUGAAAAGCCUGAAUGGAGCUAUCCAUGCCCCCACCUCAGAUCUAUGUAGAAAAAACUCUGGCCAUUAUCAAACCAGAUAUUGUUGACAAAGAGGAAGAGAUACAAGAUAUUAUUCUCAGAUCUGGAUUCACCAUUGUUCAGAGAAGAAAACUUCAUCUCAGCCCUGAGCACUGUAGUAACUUUUAUGUAGAACAGUAUGGGAAAAUGUUUUUCCCCAAUUUAACAGCCUACAUGAGUUCUGGACCACUUGUUGCCAUGGUAUUAGCUAGACAUAAAGCCAUCUCUUACUGGAAAGAACUUUUGGGACCAAGUAAUAGCUUAAUAGCUAAGGAGACACACCCAGACAGUCUAAGGGCAAUUUAUGGCACAGACGAGCUAAGGAAUGCACUUCAUGGGAGUAAUGAUUUUGCUGCAGCAGAAAGAGAAAUUCGAUUUAUGUUUCCGGCAGUGAUCACUGAGCCCAUUCCAGUUGGACAAGCUGCAAAGGACUAUUUAAAUUUGUACGUAAUACCAACUCUGCUUGAAGGACUUACAGAGCUUUGUAAGCAAAAACCAGCAGAUCCUUUAAUUUGGCUAGCUGAUUGGCUGCUGAAAAAUAAUCCCAACAAACCUAAACUUUGUCAUCAUCCAAUUGUAGAAGAAUCUCAUUAAAGCCCUUGAAGAACAAUUCACGAACUCUCUUACUAUAAAAGGCAUGCUUCUACUUAAGAAAAAAGUAAUUCCUAAGGGUUUAAGUAACUGCAUGUGAAAUAAAUUAUUUCUUAAAAAUAAA